AUGUCGAGUGUCGCUCCGUCCAAACCAAGGAAGUUGUUUGGCGCCCUGCGAUUCAACAAGACCGCAAAGAAAGCCAGCCUGUCCCAAGAGCACUCGCGAGAGACUCAGGACAACAAGGCCUUCUAUCCGACCAACUACGACUACUACAACUAUGGCGAGCCCUACAUCGUCCCACCUGCGCCCUUGGCACCCGAGGCUUUUCAGCCGCCCGGACUUCUCCUCGACGGCGAUGCCAAAGCUGAACACCAUCGAGCGCUGCACGUUGCCCUGACGAAACCAUCGGCGCCGCUGUCGCAUUAUCGAGCGCCACCGAUGAUGACGCGAUGCGGCUGGGGCGUGCCACUGGCUGGCUCGGGGCCCUUAUACGCAGGAAGCCGGCAACCUUGGCCCAGUACGCAGUACGUGCCUCCCAAUUAUCGCUAUCACCAGCCUCAUCGCCCGCCGCGUGGUACGCUCAACUCGCCAGAAAAGGUCGCCUACCUCGAGUGGAGGCUGACGGCCAUCCAAAACGAGCAGUUGCAGCAGCAGCGGCAAGCUGAGGAACGCCAGAUCAGCUCUAUGGCCCGCACCUCGUCCACGACAACGGCCGGAUCCAUGACGACUUCUACAACGGUGGCUACGCUCGAGAGCAGGGCCGGACACCCUCGCCACGGCAGCAACAAUGAAGGGGCUGGCGACCACGAAUCUUCGAGCUCAUCAGGCUUCUCAAAUGGUCAUCGUACUGCUGCUCCAGGUCCAGCCCAUGGUGCAAUCCUGCGCACCGGUGGUGACUGGCACGUGGCCGACGCAGACAUCUCAUCGGAGCAGCAAGGCUGCCAGCCUGCAACCUCGGACGAAGCAACGAUUUCCUUCCCUGUGGAAGAACCCGCAGCCGCGAACAAUGCCGAGGAUGUGGAAGAAGUCGAUGAUGACGAUGAAUCGAUCAGCGACCAAUACCAUGACCCACGCGAGUACCUCGACGAUGGCUGGGACCCUGCUUUUCCGGUGGGACAGGGACAGCCAGCAGAGCAGCCGCCUCCGCACGGUCGAAGAACCUCGUUCUUCCAUCGUGCUUCUUUGAGUUGGGCGUCAAGGCCUCCGGCCCCAGUCCGCGCCGACUCACAGGUCUCUGUCAGCUCAAAUGCUUCGAGCCAGUCGCUCAAGAGGAGCAAGAUUUUCAACUUUCUUCGCCGAAACAACUCCGAAGAGACCAACGCAUCCGUCAUCGAGCUCGGCAUGCCGGACGAGGUGUCUCCUCUUCGAAGUGGAUCAUUCGCGACUGCCCAUGCGAGCACUGCCCAUGAAGCGGGCGUGACCCAAGGACCACCCACCAAUCUUCUAGCCGACGGUGACAACGUACUCUGGCGAUGCAAGGCCAGAGAGGUGGAUCUGAUGCGGUGA